GUCAUCAUGCCGUCUGAGCGGGGAGGCUAGCUAAAGCUGAUCUAUUCUGUUGGUCGCUUCCGUCAGUGUAAACAUGUAGCCGCAUUGAGCGGUGUUUCAUGAUUGUUGACCCGUGUGUCAGUGAUCCGAAUAAUGAUGGCUGUGUUGCUGAAGAAAAUAUCUUCGGAACCAGAGCAGCGUCGUUCUAGCCUGAUAACAAACGUUAGCUUUAACUUGGCUAACACUGAAUAGCUAACUUGGAUAGCUAACGUUAUCGGGCCGUGUGUUGUAUGGAGGCUAACCUCGCUAAUUAGACAGCUAGCUUGUCAAACAAAAGAAGAUGGCUAAAAAUAUUAUCUGACAAGGGCACGCAAAGAAGUGGAGGGGAAAAAUGAAGAACUCUAGAAGUGUUGGUGCUACGUCCCCUGUGAAUGGGAAAAAAGGUAACGUUAACGAUUGGGACACCAGACGGAAGAGGAAAAUUUUGGACAUCACGCAGGCCCUUAGUGUGAUUCCAGUGGAUGUGGCAGCUUUGAGGAGGAUGGCUAUCAGUGAAGGAGGACUGCUGACUGAUGAGAUACGGUGUCAAGUCUGGCCUCGGCUUCUCAACGUCCCCCCUCACAUCUUCGAUCAAGAGCCAGAAAAAGUAGAGCGGGAGAAUAACAAGGACUACAACCAGGUGUUGUUGGAUGUCCAGCGCUCACUGCGGAGGUUCCCACCAGGAAUGCCAGAUGAGCAGAGGGAGGGUCUCCAGGAAGAGCUAAUUGACAUCAUCCUCGUAGUUCUGAAACGUAAUCCCCAGCUGCACUACUACCAAGGAUACCAUGACAUUGUUGUCACCUUCUUAUUGGUCCUUGGAGAGCGCCGUGCAACUGCUCUUGUGGAAAAGCUCUCAACACAUCACCUCAGGGACUUCAUGGAUCCUACCAUGGACAACACAAAACACAUUCUUAAUUAUUUGAUGCCCAUCAUUGAGAGGGUCAACCCUGAUGUGCAUGACUUCAUGCAACAGGCUGAGGUGGGUACAGUCUUUGCUCUUAGUUGGUUGAUCACCUGGUUUGGCCACGUUCUGUCAGACUUCCGCCAUGUUGUCCGGUUGUAUGACUUCUUCCUGGCCUGCCAUCCAUUGAUGCCCAUCUACUUUGCUGCUGUGAUCGUACUGUACAGAGAGGAGGAAGUGUUGGAGUGUGAAUGCGAUAUGGCCAUGGUUCAUCACCUGCUAUCUCAGAUUCCCCAGGACCUGCCAUAUGAGACACUCAUCAGCCGUGCAGGAGACCUCUUUGUCCAGUUCCCUCCAUCUGAACUGGCUAGAGAGGCUGCCUCACAUGAAAGCAUGGCAAGCUCUACCUUUAAGGACUUUGACCUUGCGUCCACUCAACAGCGACCAGACUCUGUUCUCCGACGCCGACGCAGACAGAAACAGGCUGCGCUGGAGAGCACAGCAGCAAACACUGUAGUGGCCCAACCUUCAGCAGCACGCCGCUUUGUUCGACUGGCUGUCAUGGGUCUGACGGUGGCUUUAGGGGCAGCAGCUCUCGCUGUGGUCAAUACUGCCCUGGAGUGGGCCCCCAAACUGGACUUGUUUCCUUGAAAUGCUCCUCUUUUACCCCUACGUUCUAACCUAUCUGUCCUUGACUGAAUCUAGCUGGUGGGUCUGUUUCCAAGAACCCUUUAAUUAAUUAAACCACAAACCCUGCAGUCGAUAACACUGUCACUGAGUGAACAUUGAGUGUUCUCUCUAAACGGAACGUUAACGCUCCUCUCUCGCCUCCUAGGAUGUCUUAACAUCCUAUGAAGGCCCCAGCUGAAGGUCCUUUAAAAGUAACUGAAGAGUGCACACCAGUAUAACAGCAACAACUGCUGGUGUUCUGAAAUGAAGAAUCCACCCUGUUAUAAUGGAGGGACUGUAAUUCUAAUUACUAUUACUGACGGUGUCAUUAUUAAAGUUUAUUUAUAUAUGGUAUUACGAUAAUCUGAUAUUGAUUUAUGCUCACAUAAGAGAUUUAUGCUUGGUGAACUCACUACACUUGAAACUGCUGCCAAUUAAGUGUGUGUGUGUGUGUGUGCGUGUGUGUGUGUGUGUGCGUGCAAACCUAUUUGUCAUGUAUUUGAUACCUGGACAGAGACCAAAUAGAGGAUUGUUAGAACCCUCUUUUUGUAUAAUGUACUGUGUUUAAUUUAUAGGUAUGUAAGCAGCUGUGUAAAGAUAUGAUCAUGACACACAGGCACCUUUUAAGGUCACAAUUUUAUUAUGUUUGUAGGUCUUUUUGUCACUUUAAGUUGUUUGAAUACGCCUUUUUGGUCAAGACCGUUCUGGGGCCGAGUGUCUUUAAAACAUGUCAGCAGUUGACACCCUUGACUACACAUUUGAAUUUUUAUUUGUAUCUCAACAAUCUUGAAUUUGAGGAUGAGGUCCCAGAAUGGAGUACAGGAAGUAAAUAAAUCAGCCAUAUUGAAAUAGUUUAACUAGAGCUUUCCAGUUGCAUUUUCACCUAAUUAUUUAGUUGCACAACCUAAAAAAUGUGUCUGUGUUUCAUAGCCUCAAAUGACCAGAGUAUGUUUUCUGCGUCACAUUUCCUGGAGUAGAUUAAAUCUCUCCGUGUAGUUUAUCAGCACACUCACUCACUGCCUGGUCACAGAAAAUAUCAAAGCUGGGAUAAAUAGCAAGUAAAACCAAUUGGACACUGUAGUCCAUGUGUUGGCACAGUUUGAGACCCAGAUUGCUCUAGCUGCAUUAGUUUUGUGAAAUUAUUUUCAUAGGCACUUUCCAGAAAAAAAAACACAGUGGUUGAAAUGCUAACAUAACUAACACAAAUGUCAAAUUAAUGCUAACUUACACACACAUUAGUUAGGUUGGAUUGCUUUGAGUGUAGCAUUUCCAUUUAACAGGCAGUUCAGCUCAUUUUCAUUCGGUCACAUAUUUAAAGUAGUAGGGGCUUGCUCAGGUUACAGUGAAUAACCGCAGAAUACCAUCACCUGAAUAGCCUAAACUCUUAUCAGAAAAUACAUAGCAAGUAGGUUGUCAGAGCACUUCAUUCUAAGGUAGUUAAUUUGAGUUGUCUAAUAUUUUAUGUGUUUUGCUCAUCAGAAGAAUUCGAGGUCACUUACAUUUUACGGCACAACAACCAGUCAACUAAACUUCUCACUUGAGUUGAGCGCAUUGAGUGCCACGUUGAGAGAAGUUGUUCUUGCUGUGUUAGGAACCGAAAAUUAAGGCUGAUUGGUUUCUUGCCUUUGUAGUGAACCACUGAUUCAGCUGGUGAGGGAUCUACAAAAUGAUCUGAAAAUGAAGGUGACCUGGAACGUGUCCAAGGACGCUUAGAGGUGCCUGAGUAUAGUUUUUCGGCAGUAUUGUAAUGCACCAUGUAUCUGCACUCAGUGGUUUUUAUUUCUUUUCAUUGCACUAAAUGAUUUAUCUGCCUUUUGUUUAUUUUCUUACAUUGAAUCUGUCAUACUAAUGUAAAGAUGUACAAGAGAAUGCUAAUAAACUAGAGUGAAACUGU